AUUGGCGUAAAAAAAUAACACGUAUACUGUUUACGUGGUAUAAAAUUACUGGCACUUGGACGUAAUUUUAAGUGUAGUGUCAAUCUCUCAAGAAAGUCAUUUUAACGAGAACAUUGAAACGUUUAUUAAAGUAAUAAUAAGAGUAAAGAGUAAAAUUUAAACUAUUUGAAAAUUAGUCAUAUAAAUAUAACAUAAUACUUUCGUCUAGUACAAUCGGACAAAUAUUUUUUAACCAUCAAACAGUGAUACGAAAUAGAUUUUGGUCUAGACAUCGUUGUCGUCAUAAGCCUGAACAUAUCGUACAUAUUGGCUAAAGAUAUGAUGAAAUAAUUGUCAUUUCACAUAAAAAUGUGGACAUACUGUAGUGUUUAUAAUGUACUGUGUAUCAUAGCUAUAGUGUAUGGACACAAUUUCAGAAGUUUUGAUGAUACUGUUCUUUUUAAAAUCAACUGGCCUGGUAAAGCUAGCUCGGAUUUAUUGGAGUCUAGAACAAAUGUGGAACCUUAUAUUAUAACAACUGCGAAUAAAGAACGGUAUCAAUGUUUAAUAGUUGAUAAUUCAGAGCAAGAGCAAAAUUAUAAUGAACCAUACAGUGGACCAAAUCCAAUAGAAAUUUUAUCACCACUAUUUAAACAAAAUACUUGUUCUUACAGAGUUGAAUCUUAUUGGUCGUAUGAAUUAUGCCAUGGACGAUAUGCACGUCAGUAUCACGAGGACAGAGAUGGAAAGAAAGUGAAGACACAAGAGUACUAUUUAGGUACUUUUGAUAAAUUGCAAGAGUUAAAGCUUCUGGCUGAAUAUGCCGAAAGAGAAGAGACUAGGAAAUCAGAUAUACCAGUUAAAAAGGUUGAUGGAAUCAAUAUGCCAUAUGUUGAAAUUGAAAUGAGUGAUGGUACAAUUUGUGAUCUAACUAAUAAACCACGAAAGAUAAAAGUUCUUUAUGUUUGUUACCAACACGGAAAACAUGAGUUGUUUUCAUUAGAAGAACCUUCUAGUUGUGAAUAUGAAGUUAUUGUCCUUUCACCUUGGCUAUGUAAUCAUCCUGACUAUAAGCCACAAGCUACAGGGGAAAAUGAAAUUAAUUGUCAUCCAGUUGAGAAUGCACCAAAAAAGCCUAGAUCUCUUGUUGCGAUGGAAAUGGAAAGUCUAAAACUUCGAUAUCAAAAAGUAACGGAUGACAAGCUGCAGGAAGUCUAUGCAAUCUUCCAUGUAGAUAAGGAGGGCCAGGAUGGUGAAGCACGUGUUAGAGUUGAAAUACAUCCUGUUGGUGUUAUUGAUAAACAUAAUAAUAUUGAAGAUUCUAUAAAUUCGUUAGCAGAUCAAGGUAUUAGUCCAGCGGAAGUGAGUCCCGUAAAAAAUUUCCUUAGCGGAAAAAAUUGUUUACAUGGAGGCAAUGGAUGGUGGAAGUACGAAUUUUGUUAUGGACGCUCUGUGGUUCAGUAUCAUAUAGAACGCGAUGGUAAAAAAACCAUAGUAAAUCUUGGUAAAUUUGAUAAGCAGAAACAUUUGGAGUGGAUUGCUGCACACCCACAUAAGAAACCAAAGUCUCCAGAAUUGCGGAAACAACUUUCUCAUUUUUAUAGCGAUGGUACUAUUUGUGAUAAAACUGGCAAUCCAAGACAAACGGAGGUAAAAUUAAAAUGUGUUGAAAGUCAUACGGCCAGUCCAUCGAGUGUUUCUCUUUUUCUAGUCGAGCCGAAAACAUGUGAAUACGUUCUAGGUGUUGAAUCGCCACUGAUCUGUGAUAUUUUAGAAUAUGCCGAUGAAAAUGGACUUCUUAGUGAAAAAUUUGAAGUAAAUUUCGAGAAACUGAAAACAAGCGCUUUUCACGAAUAUGACGAUUUGGACGAAAGGAUAGCAAACGGAGACGAUUAGAAUGUCAUUCAACUUAUAGAUAUUAGUUGCGAAACAAAAUUUCUAGUGAUAAAAAAAAUAACAGUAUUAACAUUUCGGACACAUUGCAUUUACUUUCACUAAAUUAAAUAAAAAGAUUCGGAUUUUUUUUAAUAUUCAAUAUAUGUCAAUAUACAAAUCUUAUGCUUCAAAAGUUUUCAGACAUUUUAUAAUACAUAUGUAAACAUAACAAUUCUUUAAAACAUAUAGUGUUGUUAACACGUUAUUAUGAAUUAUUGAGCCACAGAGAUUGUAACAUUUACAAAAACAUUUUCACUCUAAGAUUUUGAAAGGAAUAAUUACAAUCUCCUAUAUUAAUUUCUA